UACUUUUUUCAGCACAACACCAAAUUCUGUUUCCGUUAGCCAGUCAAACCCUGACAUUGCGACGAUGGAGGCUGUUUUGCUCUAGACCAGGUCACACAUAAAGCACUACCUGUGAGUUUUUACAGCUCUGUUAUGAAAACGUCUCCAACUGUUUCAGGUGGGAGGCAGGAGGUGUGAGUAGAGAGCAACAGACAUCAGCAGCAUGUACUCCGAGUGGCGCUCGUUGCAGUUAGUGGUGCAAAGUGACCAGGGCCACCUCAGUGUUCUACACUCUUAUCCCACCAGUGUGGGCACGGAGGUGGCAAAUGCUGUGGUCAAGCCUUUGGGCACAGCUGUUAGCCCUGUCGCCACAGAGAACAUCCUCAAAACCGAUAAAGAGGUGAAGUGGACCAUGGAGGUGCUUUGUUACGGCCUGACCCUCCCCUUAGAGGGGGACACCGUCAAGCUGUGUGUGGAUGUGUACACGGACUGGAUGAUGGCCCUGGUGUCGCCUCGGGACUCGAUGCCACAGCCUGUGGUGAAGGAGCCCAACUUGUAUGUCCAGACCAUUCUCAGACAUCUCUACAACGUCUUUGUGCCAAGGCCUGAACAGCACAGUCUGAACCACAUCAGGCUCUGCCAGCAGGUCCUGACGGCGGUCCAGAAGCUGGCGCGGGAGUCUGUUUCCAUGGCGAGGGAAACCUGGGAGGUUCUGUUGCUUUUCCUGCUCCGCAUCAACGACACGUUGCUUGCGCCACCGUCAGUCGGCGUGGGGGUCGCAGAGAAACUGGCAGAGAAAUUGAUGGCGGUGCUGUUUGAGGUGUGGCUGCUCGCGUGCGCGCGCUGCUUUCCCACGCCGCCAUAUUGGAAGACGGCAAGAGAAAUGCUGUCCAACUGGAGACAUCACCCUCCUGUCAUAGAGCAGUGGAGCAGAGUUGCUUGUGCUCUGACUUCAAGGCUUUUGCGGUUUACCCACGGACCGUCCUUUCCACCUUUUAAAGUUCCAGACGAGGACGCCAACCUGAUUCCGCUGGAGAUGGACAACGACUGCGUGGCUCAGACGUGGUAUCGCUUUCUCCACAUGAUCGGAAAUCCAGUGGACCUGAGCAACCCUGCAAUAGUGAGCACCACUCCAAAGUUUCAAGAACAGUUCCUGAACUCGAGUGGAAUUCCCCAUGAAGUGGUGCUGCAUCCAUGCUUGAAGCAGCUGCCCCAGAUCUUCUUCAGGGCCAUGAGGGGCAUCAGCUGCCUGGUGGAUGCUUUCUUGGGUGUCUCUGUUGAAAAGAGAGACGUACGUGAGAGGGCGUUCUCUUUUUGUCCAGUGCUGCUCUCUCAUGGCAUAUCACGUCCCAGGGCUGACAGCGCCCCGCCCACCCCCGUAAACAGAAUUAGCAUGUCCCCACCUCCGUCCACCACCAACACUACGCCGCCUCACAACCGGAAGCAGCGACAUGUAGGAGUCACAAAAACUGCAAGCAAGACUUCAACAGGUGGCCAACCAACCAAAGUGUCCCAGCAGCAGCAGCCGCAGCAGCAGCAGCCGACGUCCUCGCCGACCCUGCUCUCCAGUCCCAACCAGAGCAGUUGGGAGUCACGGCCUUUACCGGCCCCGGCACGACCAAAGGUCAACAGCAUCCUCAACCUGUUUGGUCAGUGGCUCUUUGACGCUGCUCUGGUUCAUUGUAAACUCCACAGCGGCCUCAGCCGAGAUCCCAGCAUGACCGCCUCUUUUAUCCAAAUUCUCCUUUCUUAUAAAUCUUCGAUAGCCACUCAAGUGAGUUUAGAGCUGAGAAGGAAAGGCUCCCAAAUGUCCACCGACUCCAUGGUGCCCAAUCCGUUGUUUGAUAUCAACGAGUUUCCCGAGAGCUAUGAGUCCGGAAGAGCAGAGGCCUGUGGGACACUCUGUCGCAUUUUCUGUAGCAAAAAAACUGGAGAGGAAAUUCUUCCUGUUUACCUGUCCAGGUUCUACAUGGUCCUUAUUCAGGGUCUCCAGAUUUCUGAUUUCAUCUGUAGACCAGUCCUGGCUUCCAUCAUUCUCAACUCCUCGUCUCUCUUCUGUACCGACCUGAAGGGCAUCAAUGUUGUCGUGCCCUAUUUCAUAGCUGCUUUAGAGACUAUUGUGCCAGACAGGGAGUUGUCCAAAUUCAAGAUGUAUGUAAAUCCUACUGACCUGAGGAGAGCUUCCAUCAACAUUCUUCUUGCCAUGCUGCCGCUGCCACAUCACUUUGGGAACAUCAAAUCAGAGGUUCUGUUGGAGGGGAAGUUCAAUGAGGAGGAUGGGUGGCCCCACGACCAGCCCGUGUCUUUCUUAUCACUGAGGCUCCGUCUUGUCAACGUCCUCAUUGGAGCACUGCAAACCGAGACCGACCCCACUAACACACAACUCAUCCUGGGUGCCAUGUUAAAUAUUGUGCAAGACUCGGCAUUGCUGGAGUCCAUCGGAGCACAAACCGAAACUGGCAGCAUCGAUGGCAGCCACGUGACACUACGGAGUCAAAGUCACAGCCGUACCAACAGCGGCAUCAGCUUUAACAGUGGGGGCAGCAUGGAGGCCACCAGUCCAGACUGUGAACGCCCUGCACAGGCGCUGCUCAGAGAUUAUGCUCUUCCAGAUACCGCUGCAGGUCUGCUGGUGCGUAGCAUCCACCUCGUCACUCAGAGGCUCAACUCCCAGUGGAGACAAGACAUGAGCAUUUCACUCGCUGCCCUGGAGCUGCUAGCUGGUCUUGCUAAGGUAAAAGUGGGAGUAGAUUCUGGGGAGCGUAAACGGGCCGUCAGCUCUGUCUGUGGCUACAUAGUGUACCAGUGUAGCCGUCCAGCUCCACUCCAAUCUAGAGACCUUCACUCCAUGAUCGUAGCUGCCUUCCAGUUCCUGUGUGUGUGGCUCACGGAGCAUCCUGACAUGUUGGAUGAGAAGGAUUGUUUAGUGGAAGUGUUGGAGAUCGUAGAACUGGGAAUCUCCGGCAGUAAAUCACGUCACGAACAGGAAGUUCGCCAUAAAGGGGAAAAGGAGCACAACCCAGCUUCAAUGAGGGUGAAGGAUGCUGCUGAGGCCACCUUGUCCUGUAUCAUGCAGGUGUUGGGGGCCUUCCCUUCUCCCAGUGGACCCGCCUCCACCUGCAGCCUGCUAAAUGAAGACACACUGAUUCGCUACGCCAGACUAAGUGCCACAGGAGUCAGCAGUUUCCGCUACUUUGUCUUGGACAACUCUGUCAUCCUUGCUAUGCUGGAGCAACCGCUUGGCAAUGAACAAAACCCGAGUCCAUCGGUGACUGUUCUGAUCCGGGGGACAGCGGGACGACACGCCUGGACCAUGCAGCUCUUCCACCAACCGAGAGGAGCUCGGGCCAGUCAGAGGAUGUUUGUUCCGGAGGGCCGUCCAACACCCAACAACGACGAGGGCGUCAAGUACAACGUCAAGCAGAGGCCUUUCCCUGAAGAAGUCGACAAAAUUCCUCUGGUCAAAGCGGAUGUCAGCAUUCCUGACCUGGAUGAUAUUGUCAGUAAGGAGGUGGGUUGUUUGGGCUGGGAGGAUGAUUCAGAAGCCACAAGCUCACUGAUGAGUAAUUACCCCCACCUGGAAAUUCAACACGACAAGCUUUGCGCUUUAAUGACCAAGCAAAUUGAGUAUGAGAGCACGUUGGAGCGACGCAGUGAGGAAAUCUUGAAGUCCAAGCCUUUCCCAGACCCGCAGACGGACUGCAAGCCCCCCCCACCAUCACAGGAGUUUCAGACAGCUCGCCUCUUCCUCUCCCACUUUGGCUUUCUGUCUCUAGAGGCACUGAAGGAACCCAACAACAGUCGUCUACCUCCUCACCUCAUUGGCCUGGACUCAUCCUUGCCAGGAUUCUUUGACGACAUCACCUACCUGGACUUGCUUCCUUGCCGACCGUUUGACACCGUUUUUAUUUUCUAUGUGAGGGCUGGACAGAAAAGCAGCUCUGAGAUCUUGAGGAACGUGGAGUCUUCAGCUACUGUGCAGCCACAUUUUUUGGAGUUCUUGUUGUCCCUGGGCUGGCCCGUGGAUGUGGGACGCCACCCAGGGUGGACGGGACACCUAGACACCAGCUGGUCCUUGAACUCCUGCUUCGACAACAGCGAUCUACAACAAGCAGAGGAAGCAGCUACGCCUGAGGACACGGGAGGUUCAGCCUUCAACGGAGAGAGGAAGGUUUUGUACUACGCUGAUGCUCUGACGGAGAUCGCCUUUGUCGUUCCGUCUUUAACAGAAAGUUCAGAGGAGUCAUCAGUGCACAGUGACUCCACCAUGGAGGCAGACACCAACACAGACUUGGUGACCAGUAUACCUAAACAACACGGUCUCACACUGGACCUGUUCACCAACCACUCUGAGAACCUGGAGUCUGUGAAAAAGCUGAGCCCUUUGGUGAAGGCAAAGAGGUCAUCGACUGGAAAGUCCUACCCCCAGCUGGGCCCCGAGACCAAGGUGUUUGUAGUCUGGGUGGAACGCUUCGAUGACAUCGAGAACUUCCCGUUGUCUGAUCUCUUGGCGGAAACCAGUACGGGUUUGGAGGCUAGCUUGAGCAACAGCACUUCCUGCAGGUCAGGGUUACUGGAAAAGGACGUCCCUCUGAUCUUCAUUCAUCCUCUGAAGACGGGACUCUUCAGGAUCCGGUUGCACGGCGCUGUAGGAAAAUUUGGAAUGGUGAUUCCCCUUGUGGACGGAAUGGUGGUCAGCCGCCGAGCUCUAGGGUUCCUCGUGCGUGAAACCGUCAUCAACGUGUGCAGGCGGAAGCGGCUGGAAAGUGACUUGUACAACCCUCCACAUGUGAGGCGAAAACACAAAAUAACCGAGAUCAUCCAGCGCUACCGCAACAAGCAGCUGGAGCCCGAGUUCUACACCUCGCUCUUCCAUGAGGUCGGCGACGGAAAGCCUCACCUCUAGUCCUCUCCGUCCUGUCCUAACACUGACACACACGCGCACACACACACACAGAAUCUUUAUAUUUAUACUGUACUAUUUUGGUAUUUAUAUGAAUACAUAUAUCAGCACUGUUUGCCUUUGACUCUGAGAUCAAACGAACAUGCCAAGGUAAAAAAAAAAAACGAAUCCCCUAUUCAUGUCUGCAUUUCAGCCGCUCAUCGGAGACGGGAACGGCUGAAGUUUAGCGGUGACGGUGUCUCUGAUUGAUUAGAUUCACGCUUUGCUUCACUUUAAAUGCAAUACAUUAAGAACGCCGUUGGCCUGUUUGGACUUUUAAACCCGUAACGUCUGGAUUCAUGCUCCAAUCUUUAGUUUUUUACUGAAACAGAGUUUUCUUUGCCAAGAAUGCUCUUAAAUUUAUCCCCAAAUCUAAGAGACAUAAAAUACUUCUCAUCCAGACACCUGCUGUAGUCUUCCUUGUGCAAACACACACUUGGUCUGAAGCAGACUGAACACACACACACGGAUUGUUUUUAUAUUCUUUUUCCUUUUCUGAUUAUUUAUGACUUUAUUUUUAUUAUCAUUGACCAAAUGUGGGUAUCAUUUUGACAACUGCUGCGUUUGUGGCUAUCCUGUCACACAUCCCACCACUACACUAUGUGUGUGUGUGUAGACGGCCAUUUUUCUGCUUGUUUAUUCAGUCAACACUACGAGAGCUCACGGAUCUUCUAAACCCCGCUUGUUGCAUUUAAAACGUGGAAUUCUGUCAUUUAAAAAAAAAAAAGAAAGAUUUCAAGACAAUAAUUGAGUUUUUCCCCUGAAUCUGUAAGUCGAGGCGCCUUUAGGUAGGUUUACUCGUAAUGCUCGGGUUUCCUUGCAGUUGGAGCUACGGAGUUUGCACUUAACGUUAGCAGGGCUGAUCUAAGACGGCGUUGAUGUCGUUGGUAAUAGCAAACAGGAAUCAUAGCGUGGUUUUUAAGUGUCUUACUCCUCUAACCAAGAUCUACAUGAUGGCCAAAAUGCUGCAUGUAGCUAACAACGUUAUAUAGUACUGUACACGUCGUGUGCCACCUCUAUUUUGUAAUAUUUUGCUUUAAAUGACUAAGCACGAGUUAAAAAAUGUUUAAAAAAAAAGCAAAUAUUUAGAGAACCUUCAGGAAGCUUGUUGAGAUUCUUUAAUAAUCACAAUUUCUGGCUUAUUUGAAGCACAAUAAUAAGAAAUAACAGGUGGCUCAGGACUUUUGCACAGGCUUUCAGCUACGUUUAGAUGACAGAAAUGUGCAGUUUUGCCUUCAUAAAAGCUAUUUUUAUUUUAUUUUCUCCACUUCACUGGUUCUGAUCCAAGCCCUCCGACUGUCUGCCUGUAAUAAUGUGAAUUUAUUUGUCACAGGCGGGUCGGGGCAAACACCUCAUCCUUUCCUUGAUGUAUUGGAAAGUCUUAUUGCACUGAGCACAUUUUAAUUCUUUUAUUUUUAUUUUUUUGGGUCGGUUACCUGUCGUUUUGUACUUUUGUGCAUUUUGGAAGCAAAUCCCGCCUGAAGGAAGAGUUUUAUCUUGUGAAAUAACGAUUGAAGAAGAGGCUUUGCAGAGUUUUUAACGGAUCAUGUCUAAUUGUGACUCACUUUUUAUGACAGUGCUGUGUGCACACGCCUUUUUUUUUUUUGGAAGGAGAGGUCAUUAAAUACGCUUCAGAGAAACUACACACAAUCAGCCACACGUCGUAUCUUGUUACUCCUCUGAUGUUUGGAUCGUAUUUAAGGACUUGCCGUGUACAGAAGUGGAAUAUGUGUAAAUAUACGAUGGCUUAAGGCAUUUACAAGUUGUCCGUUGCACUCUGCAUCUGAGACGGCGGGACGCGUGUGUAUGUUUGUAAUUAUGUGUGGAAGGAACACGUUGGGUAUUGAAUGUAACAUGCAUCAAUUAAAACUAUUAUUGACAUUUUAAA